CCUGAAUGGUCAUUGAGUUUAUUUGUGGAAGACGGGAGACAUAAUGCUCCCCGAUUUGGUGAUGCUGCGAGCGAGUUUGCGGCCGCCUUCCCACGCUGCACCAAAAGGGAAGCUGCCGAAACGGAAGGAGAGAAUGCAAGGAUGAAGGCACCGGUACGCCUUUCGGUCCAUCCCUAGCGUCCAGACAACCAACGCGUGGCCACGGGAGGCUGGCGUGGCCCUCCACAACGGCCGCUUAGCGCCUGACCCUCUCGCUUCCUUCAACGAGCUAGUGGGUCACCUCUUCCUUUCACGACCACCGAAAGAGCAAGUUUACACUCCAUUCAAAGAUGGUCUACAAGACGAACGAUCUCGGAAACCCGCCCGAGGGACACUUCUUUCUCGUCGUACACCUGCAGGGCAAGGACAAGAAGACUGCAGACGAGCUCUUCUCGACGAUCAAGGCCGUCGAAAAGGUGGCCAACAGCGACCGGGAGCCAGACACCUUGACGUACCAGGUCUCGCGCUCCGAGGACGAUGGUGAAACGAUCCUCGUGUACGAGGAAUAUCCGAACAAGGCCGCACUCGACCACCACAAGGCCCAGCCCGAAUUCCAGAAGUUUGCCGCAAGCUUUCAGCCGUUGAUCAAGGACAUCAACGUUCGCUACUACCGCAAGGACUGAGCUGCUCCCUUUGCUUCCUCUUCUUCGUGUAAUUCACAGCUCCUGUGGAAAAGCAUCUGUGUUCCUCCACCUUCUUGGCUCCCCCACCUCCGGGCCCGAAAUUCAUUCUUACGCUCGUGGAACUCAUUC